AUGGCGACAUCACGUAGGAUUGCAUUUGCAUAUGAAAAGCAGUCCUCUUAUAAACCAUCGGAAACGGGUUCAAAGCAGUUCUUCAGCCAGAUUUUCUUGACAGAAAAUAUGACGGUGCUGGUGAUCCUGUUCGUCGUCAUCGUCGUCGGGAACUCUGCUGUACUCGCUGCUUUGUUGCUCUCGAAGAGCCGCAAAAAGCGGAUGAACUUUUUCAUCAUGCAAUUGGCAAUCUCUGAUCUCCUCGUGGGCCUGAUUAGCGUGACGACAGACGUCGCUUGGAAGAUCACGGUCUCGUGGAACGCUGGCUUGAUAGCCUGCAAGCUCAUUCGGUAUUUUCAGUCAGGAAUCGAGUGGGCGAGUUCCGAUGAGAGAUCAAGGCCUUUCGACCUUCACAUAAUUUUGCUUGCGUCUAAAACGUCAUUGUUCGAAUUCAUGAUGUGGUCGAAUUCAUGA